GUCAGGUUUUUUUUUUUACUUCUUUUAAUAAAUAUAUAUUCAUAUAUUAUACAUUCAUUUAUGCAACAACGUCGGUCAAGCUGUUUACCUUGUCGAACGAGAAAAGUAAAAUGUGAUAAAAAGGAACCUUGUACUCGCUGCGCAAAAACGGACAAAAAUAAUUGUAUAUAUCCUCUUCAAGGUACAUUAGGACGACCUCCCAAGAAUGCUGUGUUUCAUGGAAAAACAAAAUAUCGCAAUACACAUCAACUUGCUAUUAGGGAAUUCAUCUUUGAACAUGGUGGUAAUAACAAGAAAAUCAACAACAUGGUUUCGACUUCAACUGUAGCUGCUAGAUUCUUUGUUGACAAUGAAUGGUGGGUAUUAUCAAAAGAAGCUCUUCAAGAGUAUCCAUUCCUGCGAACCUACUUUGAAUCUCUGCAUAUGUUUUACAUACAACGUGGUCUGGCAAUUCGUAAACGAUUCUCUCAUGUUUCCUAUCGUCUACCAGAACGACCUAGGCUGAAAUUCAACAGUUUACAAUAUAUUUCGACAUGGUGGACAACUUUGGCGGUCAAUACUCUACUUAGACGAUGCAGUCGGUUACACUUGAAAACUUUUACUGUUCCUUCUCUGGCUCUCUAUAUGUUCCAAAUGACUGAUAAGGAUUAUGGAUUUUCCACCACCAAUGACUAUUUGGCAUCACUUUAUUCUACUCCUCCCCCACUAAUGAUACCGACUAUUACGCUCUCUGACUCUAAUCCUUUGAAAUCACUUCCUCCUGAACAAGCCAUGAAUUUGAUCAAUGACUUUUACCGUGUAUAUCCUCUUUCAAUUCAUAUCAACAAAACUCAACUUAUCAAUGAUUACUGGUCUGAUACUGCCAAUCCUCUCCUUUUGUCCGUUAUCUAUGGAGUUGCUCAGUCUCUAUCAAGGGUGUUACAAGGUGUACCAAUGUAUCUAUGGGAAUGCUCUACUCAAACCAACAGAAAUCCCUUUUUGACCUAUGCAUUUACGUUAAUAGAAAAUUUACCUGCGAAGCCCUCCGCCAGUGAUUAUCAAGCAACAGUUAUCCUAUCACUAUUCGAAGUUAUAUGGGGAUAUCCAAAAAUUGGUAUGAGUUUACUAGCAACCUCUUAUUUGAUGGGAACUCAACUCGGUUUAUGGGAUAACACCUUUAAAGCAGCAAAUCCAAUAGAAAAAGAACUUGUCAACAUGUCCUCUUGGUCAGCCUUCCAAGCAACAACUCAUGGAUGUAUGGAAAUGGGAUCUAGUAUAAUGGACUCAUUAGUUGCAAAUAAUCGAUCAUUCCCACCUAUGAAUAUAUACGAAUCUCAAUCAUGCCAGCAUGACAUGCUUCACAACAAUAUUGAUGAUCUUGAACGCACGGCUUCUCGCAUUGAAUGUGCCUACACCAAUGCAGUCGUAGUUCAUUUUAGUGGUAUCUUGUACGCUUGUCUCCCAAAACCUUACUUCAACAUAUUUGGUCUCAGGACGGAAGAGUCUACCUUUGAAGGCUCGGAAUUCUUGACCAUUCUACGCUCUAUCGACAAUGUAGAAACAAGAUUACAAACAGUAUUAGAUGAUUUUGAUCGAUUCAUCCAACAACACCGACAUCUCUGGACCGACUUGCAACUAUAUGUGAUUGAAACUUCCUAUCAUCUUUAUCGUGUGCAUUUUCACUUUCUCCACCCGACAUUGACCUGUGGAAAAAGAAAGUAUCAAGAAGAUUUGAUUCCUAUGCCGGUUUUAGAUGAUGAUGAUGAUGAUAACGACAAUAGCAACAAAUCGAAGGAUCGAUGUUUUAUGGUGGACCCUACUGACCCUGCUAUUGCUGCUCGAUUACAACAAGUACUAGGUGAUGUGAUUGUCAUGGUGGAUAAUUAUGAUGCCUUACUAGCCAUGAACCAUACUACUGCCACUAUUAUCACCCCUACUAUGGAUCAAGCAUCAACGUCAUCUUUACCUCACGAAUUGAUGGUGACAGUAUUUGAAACAUGUGCGCAACUCUUGAUACUUUCUUUUCAAGCACAUCCUGCUCAACAGAUACGUGAAUGUAUGAUCAAAUUACUGACGGCAUCAAAGAAGCACGACAUUUAUCAUCCACCUACGGCAUCGUUGAAAAAUGUACGACAGCAACUCAAACUCUUUUUAAAAAAUCAUCAUCCAACAACAGUACCUUCAAAAUCAAAAUAUAUUCUUUCUCGUCAACCACAUCAGCAACUGCAACGUCAACAACAACAUCACCGUCAUCAUCAUGGUGAUAGCAUGCAGCGUACGUUCAACACAGAUGUACCUGGACUAUUAUUUUUACAACCACCUGAUGUGAUACAACAACAACAACGAAGUCAUUUAGAAGAACUGCCAACAGGAUCGUUGUAUUUACCUAUAGGAUCAUCCUCUAAUAUCAGUCCUUCAACAACAUCAGAAAAUCAUCAAUUGGAAGGUUGCGACAAUGCUUGUGCUCUUACGGUGGCAGCAACACCAGGAUCAUCCUAUUUACCAUCAACAAUACGACAAGGAUCCGGUCAGCAAGGGCAUGGACCAGGUUAUGGAUUAUUAGGAUGGGAAGAUACAGUUUACUUUUGGAAUGAAAUGCUGAAUGAUCCAUUAUAUCAAUCUGGAGAUACAUUUACGUUUUUGGAACAACAACAAUAACAAUAACAGUAGCAGCAAUCGAAUCCAGAUCCAAUCAGGAGUUCAUUCAUCCAUUUAGACAACCUAGUUAGUCUUGACUACAAUAUAUUUUAUCUUUUUU